GGCGACAAACGUACAUGUCGGCAAAAUGUUGCGCUAACUAUCUACGUCAAAAUAUUAUUUCUUCAGGGUACGAUUACACUGACAAGUGAGAGAAGAGUUAGAAAGUUAGGAGACUUUUCACCAGGGAAGCUAGAAAGGCUGUAUAUUCACCAAACAACCAGUGAAACGUUCGAUACGACAGUUCUUUUGAGCUUCGAUAUUCUUUGGUCUGCAUUUGUCUUCGUUUUACGACCGAAACUAAGUUAACGAUGAGCUUCCUAUUUGGCAGUCGCUCGUCUAAGACCUUCAAGCCGAAGAAGAACAUCCCAGAGGGCUCCCACCAAUACGAGCUGUUGAAGCAUGCAGAGGCAACGCUGGGGAGUGGGAACCUGAGGCAGGCUGUCAUGCUGCCAGAGGGGGAAGAUCUCAAUGAGUGGAUUGCUGUUAACACUGUGGACUUCUUCAAUCAGAUCAACAUGCUCUACGGCACCAUUACUGAGUUCUGCACUGAGACCAGCUGUUCUGUGAUGUCUGCAGGGCCCAGGUAUGAAUACCACUGGGCGGAUGGCACCAACAUCAAAAAACCCAUCAAGUGCUCUGCUCCCAAGUACAUAGACUACCUGAUGACCUGGGUGCAGGAUCAGCUGGAUGAUGAGACACUCUUCCCGUCCAAGAUAGGAGUGCCCUUUCCCAAGAACUUUAUGUCCGUGGCCAAGACUAUUCUGAAGCGCCUGUUCAGAGUCUAUGCCCACAUCUACCACCAGCAUUUUGACUCUGUGAUGCAACUGCAGGAGGAGGCUCACCUCAACACCUCCUUCAAACACUUCAUCUUCUUUGUCCAGGAGUUCAACCUCAUUGAUCGUCGUGAGCUGGCCCCUCUGCAGGACCUCAUUGAGAAACUGGGCUCCAAGGACAGAUAAACACCUCCGUCUCUCGCUCUCUAACCCCCCCCCCCCCUGGCUUUCUGUAACUUCUUCACUUGGCCUUUUCUUUCUCCCUCCAUUAAUUUACCUGUAUGUUUUCUGUUCUAGUGUUUUGCUCUCUCCCUCUAGUUGUCUGACAUUGUUUCAGAGCUUGUUUUGUUAAAGCUCACUCUAGUCUUUAAGGUAAGAUACCAGGGUGUAGUAUAUGAAAUGUAUUUUUUUGGUCGUUUUUGUUAAACAAAUUCUAUAAUUGGGACCUACUGACCUGAACUGUGGACCAAUAUAAUUUAGGAGUUUAAAUGGAAACCAACAUUUCUUUCCUAUAGGAUUUACAAGCACAUAAAUUAAAAAAAAAAAAAAAACAUGUUAACUAUCAUGUUUUUAGUCAAUGUACUUAAAUACUGUUUUUUGGAUCUUGUAUCUGGAACAGUUUUUGUAUUUUAGAUUUUUUUCCACUUAAGAUGAACAAAGUUGCAAAAGUCAGGGGAUAUUGACCAAUAAAUAUUUGCAGUGUCACUUGAUAUACUUGUGAAAUAGAUAAUCUUCCAUAGUUCAUAAACAAUCAGUGAUCAUAUUUUUAUGCUUGACUUAACUGCUUAGUUGUUAUAAGGUAUUUUAAGAGAACUCAUUCAAGUAUCAGAGGAUGACAUUUUGAAAACAAAUGAAAUGUAGUAUAAUGUGAAUAUUUUGAUCUUUCUCAUUUCACUCAAAUGGCACAAAAUGUGCCUCAGUUAUGUUUUUACUAUGUCAAAUUACUUGGAUGUCUUUGUCCUUAUGCUGGUACUUAAUUGUAAUAUCAAGUCAAUUCUUGUUUUAUUGUUUAUUAAACAUACCUUUACUCAAGCAUGCAAUAAUAGCAAUAGUGCUCGCACCAAUACAUGACAAGGUUGAGUGUGUGAUAGGUCAUUUUUUUAUGUGAUAUUUUUUUAUAUAUUUUUGUCUUAUCUGAGUGUGACAUGUUAACUCACCCUAGUCCUUAUGUGUUCAAUCCAGGCACAGUGCUAAAGCAGUAGGGCUGUUGGUUGUGCCACCUUGACGCAAAUUAAAUGGAUCAUAUUCCAUCCAAAUUCCUUGCCACAAAUGGAAUAUUAUUUAUAAAGAAAAAAGCUAUUAGUAUUUACCCUCUUCCUGAUCUGGACUGAGUAUAAAGGUCUAGGUGCUACUCCAUUUGAUACCUUCGACAUGCUCUGAAACCUUCGUGACUUAAGUUUUUUUUUUUUCCUCCUGCUGUGGGCUGGAUGAGUUAAUGUGUAGUUCAUACAUGCAUAAUCGAUGAGCAGAAUUACUGUCUUACCUCAAUUAGCCACGAAAUCCCAAGUUUAAAACAGACUGUUUUAUGGAAUCAGUGCUGUGCCAUUUUCCCCCAAGUGGGCCAGUCCCCUAGCAAUUUGAGUUCAACCAAUGAGCUCCAGCCCCUUGCCAUAUGAGUGACAGCUAGCAAGAGGCACAUCAUGCACAUACAGCAAAGUGAGAGGGUCAAUGACGUGUUGCACAUACUUGAUGUAGUAUGUCAUUUUUGGGGACCACUUGGCUCAUUAGUGCUACUUUCAGAACUACUGGCAAAAAUUAUAGAAAAGUACAGGAGAAUCUUUAAUUUAAUACAAUGUAAAUGUUUUUUUACACAGCUUAUCUCUUUUGGCCCCUUGGUUGGAAAAUACAUCUGUGUAAAAAAUAUGGUCUACUAGUCAAUACAUGGUUUUAAGCAAUUGUAAGAUUGGUGUUUCUUUUACAAAUCUCCAGCGUGUUUGUAACAAGUUUUCCUAAUAUGUGCUUAUGUUUGAUCUGUCUGGAUAAAGUCACCUGAUAUACCGCCAGUAUGUGUGCUUAUAGAUUUGAUUAUGUUCAACAUUGAUUUUCAAUGUGCUGUUACAUUCCCCAUAGGCAAUGAUGCUGGGAAUAAGACAAUACACCAUAUGUUUCUGGAAUAAGUCAAGUGUAGUUUUUGGAGUUACAUUUUUCAUAUUGCUGUUGAACAAUUCCUUUAACUUUGGUUAAAGGAAUUUUAAAAAGUGUAACUUUAAUAUAUAUAUAUAUAUUGGAGGUAAUUUGUGGGCAAUGUGAUUGUUACAAUGCUCAAUGUGAGUCCAAUACUCUGCUGUAAAUAGGAUAAUUUACAGAACAUUUAUCUGAACAAAACUGUGCCUUUUUUUAAAUGUCUGAAAUUACAUUAUUCAUAGCAGAAUAGCUUAAUUAACAUUAAAUGAAUUUGUGGA